AACAACAGUGUUCAAACAGUUGCUUAUGCUGCAGAAGCUGGUCAGUUUUCACAAGGUGGAUUUGAAACCAUCAUUUGUGGUCCAGAUGUGGACAAAGCAGCUUACGCCAAUGUGAGACGAUUUAUCAAUAAUGGCGAGAAACCACCAGUUGAUGCAGUUAGAAUAGAAGAAAUGAUCAAUUAUUUUGAGUACUCAUAUCCUGCGCCAAAGGGAGACGAUAUCAUUGCUUUGAGACCUGAAGAUCGUGUAGCCAUUGUUACCUAUGCUGGACGUGCUGGAGUGGCUUUACCAUCUACACCUGCAUCAGAGAAACAAAAAAUUAUCGAAGGACUAGAAAGACUUUCUGCAGGCGGAUCUACAGCAGGAGCAGAAGGCAUCAUCACAGCAUACGAAAUAGCAGUCCAAAACUUCAUCAAAGAUGGAAAUAAUAGGGUAGUGCUAGCGACAGACGGAGAUUUUAAUGUGGGCAUCUCUGAUAAUAAAAGUCUUGAGACUUUGAUUGAAGAGAAACGAUUCGGAAUGGGCAAUUACAAAGACAGUAAAAUGCAGAUUCUAGCUGACAAAGGCAAUGGUAAUCACGCAUACAUUGAUGAUAUUCAAGAAGCUGGGAAAGUCUUAGUCAGUGAGUUUGGUGGAACGAUGUACACCUUAGCCAAAGAUGUGAAAUUUCAGAUAGAAUUUAAUCCUGACGCAGUGCAAUAUUACAGAUUGGUUGGUUAUGAAAAUAGGAUGCUUGCCAAAGAAGAUUUUAAUGAUGAUACCAAAGAUGCUGGCGAAUUGGGUAUGGGACACCAAAUGACUUCCAUCUACGAAAUCAUUAGAAAGGGUUUGUUACUCAGGAAUUCGGGGUCUGUACAAGACAAAGAUUAUGAAGAUAUGAUAGAACUUGCCGAUAAGGCUCGUGGGAAAGACAAAGAUGGUUAUAGAGCAGAAUUCAUUAGACUCAUGAAAACCACCAAAGCCCUGCACUCAAAA